GUGAGUGUACGUGGGGAGGGUUACAUGCGCUACAUCCCGAUUGGCACCCGGAUCACACUGGCAAACUUGUGGGGCAAAAUGGUGAAAAUCAGUGUUGUCAAGACCAACGCGUACAGCGACCAAAAGCCCGGAACCAGCGGCUUGAGGAAGAGGGUGACCGUGUUCCAGCAAAACCCGCAUUAUGCCGAGAACUUCAUCCAGAGCAUUAUUUCUGCCAUCGAGCCCUCUCAGAGACUGGAGGGCACUCUGGUGGUGGGAGGAGACGGUCGAUUUUUCAUGAAAGAUGCCAUUCAGCUGAUUGUCCAGAUUGCUGCGGCCAAUGGGAUUGGCCGACUGGUUAUCGGGCAGAAUGGGAUCAUGUCUACGCCUGCAGUGUCCUGUGUAAUCCGCAAAUUAAAAGCCGUCGGAGGAAUCAUUUUAACAGCCAGCCACAACCCUGGUGGUCCCACUGGGGACUUUGGCAUCAAGUAUAACAUCUCCAAUGGAGGACCUGCACCAGAGGGCAUUACUAAUAAAAUCUUUGAGAUCAGCAAAAGCCUCCAAGAGUACCACAUCUGCCCAGAGAUCAAGGUGGAUUUGUCUGCUAUUGGCAAACAGACAUUUGAAGUGGAAACUUUCAAGUCAUUCACAGUGGAGAUUGUGGACUCAGUGGAGUCAUACGCAGAGAUGCUCAGGGACAUCUUUGACUUUGCUGCAUUGAAGAACUUACUCUCUGGACCUAAUCACAUCAACGUCCGGUUAGAUGCAAUGCAUGGAGUGGUGGGCCCCUAUGUGAAGAAGAUUGUGUGUGAGGAGUUGGGCUCUCCUGCCAACUCCGCUGUGAACUGUGUGCCCUCUGAGGACUUUGGGGGUCACCACCCAGACCCUAACCUGACCUAUGCUGCUGACCUGGUCAAAACGAUGAAGGGAGGCGAAUAUGACUUUGGAGCAGCUUUUGAUGGUGAUGGUGAUCGUAACAUGAUUCUUGGUAAGCAUGGAUUCUUCGUAAAUCCUUCUGACUCUGUAGCAGUGAUUGGUGCCAACAUCACCUGCAUCCCAUACUUCCAGAAAACUGGCGUUAAAGGUCUGGCACGCAGCAUGCCCACCAGUGGUGCCCUAGACAAUGUGGCCAAAGCUUUGAAGAUGGAGCUGUAUGAAACUCCCACAGGCUGGAAGUUCUUUGGGAACCUGAUGGAUGCUGGCAAACUCUCUCUGUGUGGGGAAGAGAGCUUUGGCACUGGGUCUGAUCAUAUCCGGGAGAAAGAUGGCCUCUGGGCUGUGCUCGCUUGGCUGUCUAUUGUGGCCAGCCGUAAGCAGAGUGUGGAGGACAUCUUGAAAGAACACUGGCAGAAGUUUGGUAGGAACUUCUUCACAAGAUAUGAUUAUGAGGAGGUCGACUCGGAUGCUGCUAAUAAGAUGAUUGCCGACCUGCAGGAGACCAUGUUUGAUAAAGCCUUUGUUGGGCAGAAGUUCUCCUCAGGGGAUAAAACAUAUGAGGUGGAGAAAGCUGAUAACUUUGAAUAUACUGACCCCGUGGAUGGCAGUGUCUCAAAGGGACAGGGACUGAGGAUCAUCUUUACCGACGGUUCACGAAUCAUUUUCCGUCUCAGUGGGACAGGCAGCGCUGGUGCAACCAUCAGACUUUACAUAGACAGCUAUGAGAAGGAUCCUCAGAAGAUCUAUCAGGACCCACAGGUCAUGCUCGCGCCAUUGGUGGACAUUGCUCUGAGGAUCUCAAAGCUCCAAGAGAAGACCGGCCGUACCGGCCCUACCGUGAUCACAUAAUCACGUUAUAUGCCUAGCUCACCUCCUAGGUCUAGCUCACACCUCAGUUCACGCCAGCCAGCAAUACCUUGCCCCAUGUCCAUUUACCCAUAUGCCCCGGCCAAUAACACUGUCCCCAUGUGUGUCCUAAACAUGUUUCACAUUUCCACAAGUGUUGUGCAGGUACAAUAAAAAGUCUUUAUUCACUGUGAUUAUGUGAAAAAAACGUUACAUCACAGUAUUAUGCACUUGUAGUGUGUACAUGUGUAACAAGAGAUGAAAGUUCCUAUUAAACUCUGC